CUCAAGUCCAUGGACUCCACAGGCACCCCGUUUCAAAUGUCGACUACAGUGGAUGUUUCGAAAACUUGCAAAUCUCCAGCGAGCCAUAGAAAAUGUACCAAUCGAAUGACUAGUAUGUUUCGUUUCUGUUCUACUUGCUUGCCUACUUCAAGUUCAUCAGAAAAAAAAGUUCAGAUUGCACCACCUACAGAUGAAAUCCCUCAAACGCGUAAAUCACUUGAUCGAUAUGAAAGAAUUGGAAAUUUAUUAGAACAAUUUUUAAAAGGAAAGCUACAGCAUAUUCAUAAAUUUACUGAUUUACCAGAUGGUUAUUUCCUAAUUGAUGAAAUUAUCCAGUUACCUGAAUUCAAAAAAGAAAAUUGUACAUAUGAUGAAAUUAUUGAUGUUGUACAUAAUGAUGCAUUAUUACGAUUCAGUGUUAGAGGAUCAAAAGUUCGCUUGAAACCGCCUGAAUUAAAUAAAGACCCUGAUGUAAUUUUAUCAAAAAAGUUAGCUUGGAUUCUACGUCAUGGAGCAGAGAAUGUCGGAAUGAAAUAUGAACCUGGUGGUUACCUUUAUGUAGAUAAAAUACUUCAAUUGAAACCAUUUCAAGGGGUUCGACUAGAAGAUAUUUCACGUGUUGUUAAUUCGAACGAUAAAAAACGCUAUGAACUGUCGACAAAUCCAGAAAAUGGCCGGUUAAGAAUCAGAGCUUAUCAAGGUCAUACUGUUACAAUCGAAGGAUUAGAUAUUUCGUUGAUUGAAAAUCCUGAAGAUUACCCAACUGUUAUCCAUGGUACAUAUUUUCGUAAUUGGGAUUCAAUACGUAGAGAGGGCUUAAAACGUAUGCAACGUACUCAUAUACAUUUUGCACCGGGUGAAGUUGGUGAAACUGGUGUGAUAAGUGGUAUGCGUUCAAGUGCUGAGAUUAUUAUUUAUAUUGAUUUAAUUAAAGCAAUAAAUGAUGGAUAUAAAUUUUACUUAUCAAAAAAUAAUGUUAUUCUAUGUGAAGGAAAUAAAGAAGGUUGUUUACCGACGAAAUAUUUUCGUGCAGCUUAUCAACGUAAUCCACGUCUUAAACUUUCACUCACUCCGUAAAACAGCUGACUUGAAUAAAGCUUCUCGUAUAAAGAACAUACUUAUAUUUGUUGUGUAUAAAGAUAAAAUUCUCACAAACAUUCUGAUACAAAAGUACAAAAUUUGGUCAAUACAGUUAUAUCGUGAUUAUGUUUACUUCCAGUUUCAACUCUACGUUAGUGCACUACACUUGAACAGCCCACUUUCAUAUAUUUAUCUAUAUCUUUUGUUUUCUGUUAUAUAAUAUAAACUAUUUUUACUCUAAACGAGUAGUUUGUUGUUUUGGAGACUAUUUUGUUUUAUUUUCCAGAUAGAUAUUCAGAUUCGUUUGACUGAUUUUUGACUUUUUGGUUUGCUAUUGUAUAACAUAUAUAUAAUUUUUUUAUAUUUGGAUUUUACUGAGCUGCAUAUUCUUAUGCAUAUUACAUAGAAUUGUACACAUUUGAAUUACUACAUUAUAAAGAGUUAUUAUCAA